AUGCCUCCAAAGAAGGCUAAGAAAGGGAAGAAAAGCGCCGCUAAUGCCAACAAGGCCAACAAAGUCGACCCUGAGGAGGCCGCGAGGUUAUUGGCGCUGCAAAAAGAAGCUCGGCAAAUUCGCGAAGAAUAUAUAGACGACGAGAAACAGUACAAUCAGCUUUUACAUGAACGAGAGAAAAUAAACUACUUCUGGACGUGUGCGAAAAGGACCCGAGAUGAACGAGAAGCGGAGCUUCGUAACAGGGAGCGAGGACUCGAGGAUCUCCAAGAGCGACAACAGAUCGAAUUGAAGGUUCUUCAGCAGCGACUGAAACACCUCCGGUUUCACCUUGUAGACGAAACGAUUGAGCAGAGGAUCUCUAAUGAGAGGAUAUCUCAACAGCACGCUGAGAAAGAGCAUUUGCCUCGUGAACACGAAGCGUUCACAACGGUACGGCAGACCCACGUUGAAGUGAGGGAAGCUCAAAAUGCCUCCGAUGCCUACAUACGUGCAUUGAAGCUGAAACAGGAUGAACGAGUGCUCCAUCUUAGGCAGGAGUACGACAGGAAAGCUAGAGACCUCAUGCAGAAAUACGCCUUACGGAUGAAGGUCAUUAGAGACGACAGAGAAAAGGACAGAAGGGCGGAGAUGCAAAGCCUUGAAGCGGAGAAGAACCGUCAAGAUAUCAAGGUGUAUUACGGCGAUAUCACAACCUCUAAUUUAGAGCUCAUAAAAAGACUCAAGGAAGAGCAUGCGGAUAUGAAGAAGCGGGAGAUGGCUGAUGCUAAGCUACUGCGAGAGCUCAAACGCGAAAACGCCUCCCUCUCUGAGCCGCUGAAGCGGGCAAGACAGGACGUAGUGGAACUGAAAGAAACAUAUGCGAAGUUUGUAGAAGAUAAGAAGAGAAUAGCGAUGUUGAAGGAGAAGAUUGGGGAGCAGGAGAAAGCUCUAUCAGCGUUGACAUUCCAGCAAGCUGUGUUGGACCAACAACUAGAGAUUGCUAAAGCGGAACGCGACACUGCCACGAACAAGUUCCAAGGGAUGAUAUAUGGAGUUCAGGCGAAGAGUGGACUGAAGAACCUUGUGUUGGAGAAGAAAUUGCAGAACAUGCAGGAUUCACUUGAAGUAGCGGACGCCCAGGUGGUGGAGAUGCAUAGAUCAACAAAUCGCGAGGCAGGGACGGCCGAGGAGAUCUCUGAGAAGUUCCGUCCUGUGUUGACUUCCAAGGAUGAUACCAUAUUUGAGCUGCAAGAGGAACAGCGAAAGCUACAAGAAGCCCACGCUCAGCUUGUCCGGACAUUUGAGGCGAAGUUGGGCGAAUACGGUAUACCUCGAGAAGAGAUGGGAUUUGAUCCGAAGUUGCUGGCAUGA